UGGACAAAGAUGUAGAUGACCGAGAGGUAUUUUCCCCUUUUGGUUUAGGAUUAAAUCUCUCAGGCGCAGACCAGGACAUUUCUCUGAGGAAAUGGAUACGUCUUCCCAAAAAUACCCAGUCAAAAAGCGAGUGAAAAUUCAUCCCAACACAGUAACAGUGAAAUAUACUUCUCAUUAUCCCCAGCCAGGAGAAGAGGGAUAUGAGGAUGUUAAUGAAGAUAUUGGAGUAUUUAUGGAGGAUAAUCCUAAGAAAAGACUACUGACUGAUGGGAGAAAGAGAGAAAGGACCUUUUUUGGUACAACAGACACCAAGCUUCGGCCAGCACAACUGCCAAAACCUGAUGAGAUGGGGCAAUCCCAGCAUUUUCCUGAAGGAAAUAUACUGCCGUCAAGGAAAACCUGGGUAGUCCUUUUUGGAUCUGCUGUGGCUCACGGUUGUGUUGCUCUAAUUACAAGAUUAGUUUCUGAUCGUUCCAAAGUGCCAUCCCUAGAGUUAAUCUUCAUCCGUUCAGUCUUACAGGUGCUGUCCAUUACUGUUGUGUGCUAUUACCAUGAGCCUCCCUUUGGCCCCAAAGGCUACAGACUGCGGCUCUUCUUCUAUGGGGUCUGCAAUGUUAUCUCUAUUACCUGUGCUUACACCUCCUUCUCUAUAGUUCCCCCCAGCAAUGGGACCAUUAUGUGGAGGGCUACCACUACAGUGUUCAGUGCCAUUUUGGCUUUUUUACUCAUAGAUGAAGGAAUGGCUUACAUAGACAUAGUUACUGUAGUUGGCAGUAUGUUUGGCGUUUGUCUGGUCAUGAUCCCCAACAUUGUUAAGGAGGAAAACUCUUUGCUGAGCACCUGGAAGGAAGCUUUUGGCUACACCAUGACAGUUAUGGCAGGUUUGACCACUGCUCUCUCCAUGAUAGUCUAUAGGUCAAUCAAAGAUAACAUCAGCAUGUGGACGGCACUAUUCACCUUUAGUUGGACAGGAACGGUGUGGGGAGCAUCCACCAUGUUCUUACUUCAAGAGCCAAUCGUCCCACUGGAUGGGGAAACCUGGAGCUAUCUCCUUGCCAUCUGUCUGUGCUCCACAGCAGCCUUCCUGGGGGUCUACUACGCCCUGAGCAAGUUCCACCCCGCUUUGGUUAGCACCGUACAGCACCUGGAGAUAGUCAUCGCCAUGGUCCUGCAGCUCGUCGUGCUGCGCAUCUUCCCAGGUGCUUAUGAUCUUGUUGGGGGAGCGGUUAUUUUGGUUAGUGUUUUUUUCCUUGCGUGUUAUAAACUGUCCUGGAAGAAUUUAGGAAGGCAAGACUAUCAGGAGAUUGUGGAUUCUUCCAUUAAAUGAAUUGCGGUUUUGCCAUCUGAUUCUGG